AGUCCUCUCUCUGCAUCUUCUGUUUUGUUUUGGAAAGUAACGGAUUCUCACUGUCCGGUUGGUAGUUUUCGUGCAGUUGUCUACUAGUAGUACAUAGUCAUUACGCUAGUCAUCGACAGCCAUGUCCAGGCCAGAGUGCGGGUCAUGUAGAAGUAGUAGUAAGCAUGGCAAACUGUUGAAGUGUCUGCACUCGUUGUGUGUGGAGUGUUUGGAAAAAUACAUCAGUGGCAAGGGCUCUGUGGGUUGUCCUGAAUGUGGAACAGUUACCCCAGCAUCGACUACUGGUGUGCCCUUGCUACUAUGCUUGCCAGACAGCAAUGUUUCCAGUCAUGGAAAUAAAGACGAAGCGGUGCAGAAGACGUUUUGUGACGAAUGCGUUGAUGAUACUGCAGCAGUUGCUGUUUGCUUGGACUGUGGUGACAACCUCUGCGCUAUCCACGCAGAGAGCCACCCUGUAUCGCGCAGGUCGUACAAACACACUGUUGUGUCGCUCAGUGAGGCUGCGGGAUGUACAGGUGGUAAGACUGCAGCCAGCCACCACAAAUGCUCAUUCCACCCCUCGUUUGUACAGUGUUCAUAUUGCUUGAGUUGUGAGCAGCUAGUGUGUAAGCAAUGUGUAAGCAGUGGUGAUCAUGCUGCUCACAAUGUGCAGACUAUCACUGAUGCAUCUUCUAGCAUUCGUCAGUCCUUGAACUCCAAGCUGACUAGCACGUUACAUGGAAGUGGCAGUGUUUUUGACGAGUCGAUCAGGAAGUCUGAAGCGGCACUGAGUGGACUCCGUGAUGAAACUGAAGGCUUAUCCUCCCGUAUCAACGACGUUUUUGGUGGUUUGAAGAAAGCCAUUGAAAAACGUCAACAGGAGCUUCUGGAUGAUGUAGAUCGAUUGCAGUUGUCACAUCUUCUUCCCCUUGAAGAGCAGAAGCGGCAGGUACUUGCUGGUGCCUUGUAUAGCAAGAAAGUUCAACAUCUGGCAGAGAACUGCAAUGAGGAUGUGAACUUCUUGAAGAUGAGUGGAUGGCUGGAGGAAGCAGCGAAGAAUGCUGUGAGUGCGUCCGAGAGAGAUGUGAAAGUGUUUGCUCCGGGAACUCUAUUGUUUUCACCAUACCACGUCGAGGAACUGACUGCGGCCAUUGCCAGAACUGGUGUGGUGAGUGACAUUGGUAUGCUGUCAUCGGAGAAGAGUACCAUGACUACUGCAGGCAGUGUUGAGGAGGGAGACGACCUUACCGUGAUCAUUGAGCCAAGGACUGCUCACGGUGAUAGUCUGGCUGUGACGGAGGCACAUUUGUCUGGUGUUCACGUUGAAGUAACAUCUGCGGACAACAACACCGACACCAUUCAGCCUGUGAUGACGUCCGACAGUAGUCCUAAUGAAGGCACUAACAUGAUUGCAACGUACAAGACGACCGGAAAGAAGGGUACAGUGCAGGUAUCAGCCAUGAUUGGAGAUCACCAUUUAGCUGGAAGUCCUGCAACGGUUACCAUCGUGGAUCCGCUACCACGGUUUGAUCCCAGCCAAUGCCAUGCUGAUCUUGCACUGUCAAACAACAACCGUACGGUUACUCGUGGAGCUGCUUCCAGCGGUGCCUGGAGGUCAGUAUGUGGCGUGAGGAAAUGGAGCAGCGGCAAACACGAGAUAUACCUCCGUCUUGAUCGCAUCACUGCUGGUAAAGUUCACCACAUGUUCUUCUUGUGUAAUCCCCAGCGUCCACUACUAGAGGGCUAUCAAAGAGGAAAGACCACUUCGUUUGGAUGGUACAGCCACUCCGGUGGUGGUAACUGGACAGGCACUGUACUGGGUCAGCCAUGGCAAGCCGGUGACGUCAUUCAAAUGUCGUUGGAUUGUGACAAUCACACGUUAGUCGGUCGUCACGAGCGUACCGGAGCAACCGAGACACUGACCAACGUGACAGGUGAACUCUACCUCUACAUCAGCCUGUAUAACAGUGGAGACCAAGUUACUAUCUUGUGAAGCUUAUAAGUCAAUACCUCCAAGCUGCUCACUCAUUGGUAUUUGGCCGGGACUAGAGCUCAGUGGAUGGCCGUUAUGCAGCACCGCUACUGCCGCAGUUUUCUGACGUCACGGGCAACACAUCACGUGACCACCGGCCGUUACUCAGACAGCACACGGCAUGCGUAUCAGCGGCGCUGUUUCCUAGAUUUACCCCGUUUCUUGCUUAAAUAAUGAUUAUACAGUUGAACUUGAAUAAGACGUGCGUUACCCCCAUUGGCAGAGGGAAGUGUACUUAGCCAGGGUACUUCUUAUCAUAACUAACUUCAGUCUACAGUAUGGAUCAAUAGUAUUCGACGCGCUGAGACACUUUCCGCUUUCAACAAGGCUCUUUGUAAGUAACGCUCCUCUUUUAUUUUAUUUGUUUUAUUAUUUUUUUUCUUCUCUUUAAUUUGCAUUUUUGCCCUCAGUCCAUGGUUGGUUUCACCCUCACUUCCUUGUAUUGGUUAUUUUCAUUAUGUGCCAUGAAGUGCAGACAGUAAAUAAAAAAUAGAAUAAAAUGUACAGUAGAACACUAUUCAUCAACCAUCUAUUUACUGUAUGAAUGUUAUGCUCGACCCUUAUUGGAGCAUGCUGUCCCUGUUUGGCUGUUCGCCAUCUUGUCUACGCAAUCCUGCUAAAUUGGACCGACUGCAGGCUACAGCUGCCCAUGCUACCUGAUGUGUAAGACCCGACAGUUUCCGGCUACUUGGACAACAUCCAAGAAUGUUCUGAAUCAUCUUCUUUUCCGGGGUGGGAAUUUCUCCAAUGGCGUCGUCAAAAUCUUUCUCUAGUUUAUAUUUUCAUCAUGUAUUCUAUCAAUUUCCCAUCCAUACUAAGCCAGUUUAGCUUCACCAUCUCCAGCGCUACCGACACCCUUCCUCUAUCGUUUUGCCUCGUUCUCGAACUCAUUCCUUUAAAUCUCCUCUUUUCGGUUUAUCAGUCUCAGUUUUAGAAGUUGGA